UCUCUCUCUCUCUCUCUCUCUCUCUCACACACACACACACUCACUCACACUGACACUGUCUCGGCUGUUCACAUUCACAGAUAGAAGUACUAAGAAAAUAAUCGUUCAUUGAUUCAUCGCGUCGGACAGCAUGGCCUCCGGUGUCACAGUCAAUGAUGAAGUGCUCAAAGUCUUCAAUGACAUGAAAGUGCGGAAGUCCUCGGGCUCAGACGAGGUGAAAAAGCGCAAAAAGGCAGUGCUGUUCUGCCUCAGCGACGACAAGAAGAAGAUCAUCGUAGAGGAGGGCAAGCAGAUCUUAGUGGGAGACAUUGGAGAAUCUGUCGACGACCCCUACGCCUGCUUCGUCAAGCUCCUGCCUCUUAAUGACUGCAGAUACGGCUUAUAUGAUGCCACUUACGAAACCAAAGAAUCUAAGAAAGAAGACUUGGUAUUUAUAUUUUGGGCCCCUGAAGGUGCGCCGUUAAAAAGCAAGAUGAUAUAUGCUAGCUCAAAAGAUGCCAUUAAGAAGAAGUUUACAGGUAUCAAACACGAAUGGCAGGUUAACGGUUUAGACGACAUUCAGGACCGCUCCACCCUGGCGGAGAAGUUGGGAGGAAGUGUGGUCGUAUCGCUGGAGGGGAGACCGUUGUAAACGCAUCCGCCAUGUGCCAUCUGGAUUCCACACGCUUUCAUCUUCGCAGCUGUCUCUAUCAUUUGAUCCUGAAGGAAUAGUCCUAGUUUGUCUUUAUUCCCUUUUCUUUUCUUUUUUUCACAUUAAGGAGAUCUCAUUAACAUAUGCAAAAAAAAAAAAAAACUCUACCAGCUGAAUGCCAGCUUAAUUUUGCAGUUCAUAUUAGUUUUUGUAUGUCCCCAAAGAGCGUUCUGUCUCCCUCUGCGUGUUUUGCCAAACGACAGUAGAAAGCUCGGAUGUUCACAUAUAUUAAACUCAGUUGAUAUCUUUAUCAUGUAUCUUCAGAGAUAUUCUAUUAUGCUGUCAGAGAACUAUAUGAGAAUGCUGUACGUUAAUGCCUCACAGCAAUGACGAGCACUUUACAAGCCUGAAGCUAUUUAUCUACCUAAUCUGGUCAAGUUUAUGCAGAUAAACAAAGCACUUUUUGUUUUACACUACCAGUUGAAGGAGGACUUUCCGUCUGGAAUUUCUGUCUGUCAACCCGGAGUUGAAGUUACCGCAGUUUUCGUUCCUGUUACGCAAAUGGACAUAAACAGAUGGGGUUUGAACUGUUGAUUCAAAUGCACCACAGAACACGAAGGCUGAGAUGCUUGGAAUGUUUUUUUUUUAACACUACAUGAAAAUACAAAACUAUCUGUAAUGUAUGAUGCAGCCUGAAGUGAAACAUUGUUUUUGAGAUCGGGGAAGGUGCCACUUUGAAAUAAAAUAUUGUGGCGGAAUUCUUGGAUGGAUUUCUUGGCUCAAUUAAA